AUGAAAUUUGGUUUAUAUGCUUCACAGGAACUACUGCGACAAGGUGAAUCUCUUAAGCGAUCAGAAAAUAUGGUGAAUAAGAUGGACCAGGAUUUGAAAGUUAGCCAAAAACACAUCAACAGCAUUAAGAGUAUCUUUGGUGGCAUUACAAACUACUUCAAAUCUAAGAAUCCAGAACCACAAGUCUCUCCAGUGCCUGAAAAACAAACUAGCAGCAAAUUACAAGAAGCUUUGGAUAAGAGUAUGCAGCAGGAAAACGAAUACAGAGCAAACCAUCCAAACCUGAGGAAACUAGACACUUCGGGUUUUGGAGCUGGUAGCAGUUCUGCUUCUCUUGAAGAUGAUCGUUACUCUAAAAACAACGUUCUUCAUAGUUAUCAUGCGCAGAUAGAUAGCAAUCUCGAUGAAUUGUCCUCUGGCCUUGGCCGUUUGAAGGGGCUGGCAAUUGGCCUGCAGACAGAAAUUGAUGACCAGGAUCAGAUCAUUGACCGAUUGACGACCAAGACUGAGUGCCUGGAUUCUAAGAUUAUUGCAACUGAUCGACAGAUUCGUAAACUUUAAAACGUCGCUUGGGAUUUUAAAUGCUGUUUUAAAAUCCAUCUUGAAAAUAGCAGACCUUGCAGAAAUAACACUUUAUUCAGAUUGGUUUCAUGAGUGGGUUUGAGAGAAAACAAAUUGCAACACCUUUCCUCCCCAGUAAAGAAAUUGACUUGAUUCUUGACAAUGUAUUUCUGAAUGAAUAACUACAGCACCUGAAUUUUUGAUUAUGUAUGCUAGGUGUCUGCGUUACAAAUACUAAUUGAUAUGAUGCAAUACAGAAAGGAGCUGAAGUUGUGCAGCAAUUUUACACAUGUUUAAUGUGAUUCAUCUGUGCCAUUUUGUACAGGUGGCAGAAAUUGUACAAGAUUUAAAACUUGAGUCACUACUAAUGCAAAACCUGGAUGCAUUUCUUGUUACUGGUAGCUUUGACGGAAUAGAGCCAGAAAAACUGGCCUGUAUGAGGUCACUGAAGAAUCAUUAAACGUUAGACUCCAGUUCUGUGCUGUGGUCUAGUGAGUCCGAUUUAGCUGGUUCACACUUUGCCUACUCGCUAACAAUUCAGGAUAUUCCCAUUCAUUCUUGCCUUGUCUGUGUUUUCGCUUAUUUUGUGAAGAUUCUGUGGAUAUAUGUAUUUGGUAAUUUGUGACUUGCAGCAGACCAGCAAUGUUUCAACGUUUUAUGAAGAUUAAUAUAUGUAGCAACAAUAAAUGUUUUCACCAAUGAGUUAUCUGUAUUCAAAAUGUACCCUUUGGAUUUUUGGAUCAAUGGAAACAACCUCUUUUUGUAAGUGCCGUUUUGAACAUUAGGUCAUUUGUUCUCGGAAUCUCAAUUUGUAGCAUAUGUAAACACUUGAGUAUUCAAAAAACUCAUUCUUCGUUGUAAAUGUACCUUGGCACUACUAGGGACUUUUUGUAGAGCAGACCUGUUAGAAGCUGUUUAAAUUUAAUCCUGUUUUGCUUGUGAUGUAUUCGGAACAUUUUGGCUAGAAGAAUCCUUGCUGACCACUUUUAACUGAACGCCAAGCAAAUGUCCAGCCAAUUGCCUUUUAUUUUUUUUAAAAAAUUAAAAUAAUAAAUUUUAGGCAAAGUGGGUAAUAUCUUGAUUAAAUUGUCACAAUCCUAAAUGGUGUAUAUAGGAAUGGAGUGUACCUUGAGUUUACACCCUUGUCUUCACACCCGCUACAAUGGUGUUUAAUUAGUCUGUACAAUGUACUUCCUUCCUCACUUCUUGCUGUCUGUCAUAGAACUGAGUAUGUUUGGUGUCCAAGUCACUUUUUAUUGGUGUUUCCUUGCCUUUGUUCUUUCAAUUUCUUGUUUCUAUAGUGAAAUUGGAAGAGCUGAUUAAUUGAGAUUGUGAACUUCGUAGUCUUUAUAUAGGUAUAUGCUAUUCUCUAAACAUCUGACAGGGAAGAUGCAGCAUUUUGAAACACCAUGAAUCUGACCCCACGUUAGUUGCAACUAUCGGACUGCACCUUUGUCUAGUUAUGGUGCCAAGGUGUCUGCUGAGAAAUGAAGGAUCAUCACAAAGCUUUGUUUCUUAUUGCAAAGUGUGUUUUUUCCUCAAUGCUUGUGUUUUAAUGAUGAAGUAUGAAAGUGAGUGGAAAUAGUUGACUAAGACCACCAGGAUCAAAAUUUUUUUCUUAAGAAUCUGCAGUUUGUCUGUCAUCAUAACCAGUUUAUUUAUUGUCCUUCAAAUAAAGUUUGUGCAAACACAUUACACCUGCUUUUUACCCAUUAACCUUUGUAAGUCAGGUCAGGGUUGGGUGAAGAGGUCAAAGUACAGCCCAUGUAGAAGGUUGCAAAUUUCUUUCUCAUGGGGCUCUAAAGUCCAAGUUAGUAAAUUAGCCCAUCUGAGCAUACUUCAAGGGGAAUUUGGUAGGCCAUUGCUAGACCAUCUGAAACCCAUUCAGCAACUGAGUGUUUCAUAUGUUUUCUUAUGAGUAAUCUAUAUAUAAUAGCUGUUCUAAAGAUGCACAAAGAAUGAGCAGUUAAUCUAUGACUCUAUAAUUAAUGGAUCCAACAUUUUUUUUAAUUCACUGGUUUUUGACUAUGGCUGAAUAUUUAAAUUGAAAUAUAUAACUGUUUGUCCCAAAUUGUGUCUCAAACUGAAGAUGUUGAUUUCUAUUUCAAAAACUUUGACAUUAUCUGUUCAAAUUUUACAAGGUGGAUGCAGGUUUGUAACUAUUGCAACUUCAUCUGGGUGCAGUAACUAAGCAUUAAAACUAAGUUUCUUUUAAUGUACUUGAGAAAUCAAACAUUAAAAGAGCAAUAAUUUAAUGGGAA